AAAGUAAGAAUAUACCAAAGCCAGAGCAACAAUAUAUCCAAACAUAUACGCCAAAGGCAAAGCAAAGCACCUCCAAAAGCAAAACACUCUGCUUGCAAAUUCACAAAAAUCCCCAGCAAAAUACUUUACUUAAUCUUCCUUAAACAUCCAUCAGUCCACAAAACUCUCCAAAAAAAAAAAAAAAACUCCAUUCUCUUUCUCCCAAAAAAUGGGUAUCUGUUUUCCUAAAUGCUGUUUUACACAUUCUAGAGAUGUCCCAAUUUCAUCAUCUCCUUCAGAAUCUCCUGAAUAUCAUCCAAUUCCUGUAUUAUCUCAAAAAUACCCUCAAGAAUCGCCUCCAGCACCACCACCACCACCACCACCACAAGGGCCAAUUUCGUCUUUCAGGCCUAUGCCAGGAAUUAGUACUUUUUCAUCAUCAUCAUCUACUCAAAUUGGUCCAAUUUUAGGCAAGCCUUAUAUUGACAUUAAAACAAUCUAUGAUCUUCAUAAAGAAUUGGGUAGGGGUCAAUUUGGAAUUACAUAUCUUUGUACUGACAAAAUAACUGGAUUGAAAUAUGCAUGUAAGUCAAUUUCAAGAAGGAAGUUGAUAAGUCCAAAGGACAUUGAAGAUGUUAGGAGGGAAAUUACUAUACUACAAUAUUUAAGUGGACAACCAAAUAUUGUGGAAUUUAAAGGUGCUUAUGAGGACAGACAUAAUUUGCAUUUGGUUAUGGAGUUGUGUUCUGGUGGUGAACUUUUUGAUAGGAUUACUGCAAAAGGGAAUUAUUCAGAGAAAGAAGCUGCAAGAAUUGGAAGGCAGAUUGUGAAUGUGGUGCAUGUUUGUCAUUUUAUGGGAGUGAUGCAUAGAGACCUUAAACCUGAGAAUUUCUUGAUGGUUAGUAAGGAUGAUGAUUCUCCAUUGAAGGCCACUGAUUUUGGGCUCUCUGUUUUCAUUGAAGAAGGAAAAAUUUACAAGGAUCUCGUUGGAAGUGCAUAUUAUGUUGCUCCUGAGUUGUUGAAGCGUAAGUAUGGGAAGGAGAUAGAUGUGUGGAGCGCUGGAGUUAUUUUAUACAUUCUAUUAAGUGGAUUUCCUCCCUUCUGGGCUGAAAAUGAGAAAGGCAUAUUUGAAGAAAUUCUUAAAGGCCAAUUGGAUUUUGAAUCAUCUCCCUGGCCUUCUAUCUCUGCCUCAGCUAAGGAUCUUGUGAAGAAAAUGUUGACACUGGAUCCUAGAAAACGGAUCACUGCAGCUGGAGCCCUCGAACAUCACUGGCUCAAGAAAGACGGUGAAGCAUCGGAUAAGCCUAUUGAUAGUGCAGUUUUGUUAAGACUAAAGCAAUUCAGAGCAAUGAACAAAAUGAAGAAACUCGCUCUUAAGGUUAUUGCGGAAAAUUUAUCAGAAGAAGAAAUCAAGGGACUAAAGCAAAUGUUCAAUAACAUGGAUACUGAUGGAAGCGGUACAAUCACGUACGAAGAACUUAAAACAGGAUUGUCUAGACUAGGAUCCAAGCUCAAUGAAGCUGAAAUAAAACAACUGAUGGAAGCAGCAGAUGUUGACAACAGCGGGACAAUAGACUAUAUCGAGUUCAUUACUGCUACUAUGCAUCGACACAGACUCGAAAGAGAAGAAAACUUAUAUAAGGCUUUCCAGUUUUUUGACAAGGAUAAUAGCGGAUUUAUUACAAGAGAUGAACUUAGACAUGCUAUGGAAGAAUAUGGAAUGGGGGAUGAAGCUACAAUAGAUGAAAUCUUGGAUGAUGUUGACACGAACAAAGAUGGGCUAAUUAACUACGAAGAGUUUGUCGCGAUGAUGAGAAGAGGAACGGUUGAAGAAGUGAAGCAAAGAUGAAAUUAAAAUGUGGAUUGCCUUUGAGAGUGAAUUUUCUUCAUCUGUGUGCUAGAAUUACAAGCAUUUUCCAUGAAUAAGAUUCUCCCAUUGUGUAAAAAAUAAAAAUGCAAUGAAGUGCACCUUGCAAGAAGCAGUGUCCCUACUCAAUGUUAAUUCUAUUA